CCACGUUGCAGCCUGAGACAUCGCCCGUUCUUCUCACAAGUCACAUGGACAGGAUUGCGUCGCGGAAGCUGUAUUGCUAUUGAAGCACCGUCUUGCAGUCGAAGAGUAUUGUGUGUCUUGGCUGAAAAAUUUAGCGGCCGACGUCAAUAGUCUUUUGGGAGCUUCUCUCGGCGACUCUAUGGCAGCAAACAUUUACAUCGGUAAGAGACUGUCCUUCGAUGGCCAGCUCUGCACUGUUCAAUUUCGUGGUCCAGUCGAAGGCACAAAGGGAGAGUGGUUGGGUGUGGAGUGGGAUGACCCAACCCGCGGAAAGCACUCAGGUGAACACCAGGGUCACAGAUACUUCAAAUGCCUCAGUACGCAUGCAACGGCCGGGUCUUUCAUCAGACCAACUCGCAAGCCGGAUGCACCCCGCUCAUUUGUUGAAGCGUUGAAAGCAAAAUAUGCAGAUGAUGACUUUGAAGACCCCAGCGUAAAAGUUGUGUUCGUCAUGAAAGAAGGCGACAAUGCAAGAACAAGGAAGGAACCGACAGCAAGGCCGAGUCAGCCCAUACGCUUCAAUGGUAAGGUUGCUGAGGAAGUGGGUUUUGACAAGAUUAAGAAGCAGCUCGCGCAGCUCGAAGAGCUGAAGUUCGUCAUCCUGGACGGCUUGCGAAUGUGGAGACCCGAGGUCAGACAGGUCUUGAGGAAUGACGGGGAGCUGGAGUGGCCUCUGGGCGCAACAGACAUCCUAUCUGCGUGUCCAAAGACCUGCGAACUGGACCUCAGUCGCAACUUAUUCGAAGAGUGGAGAGAAGUCGGUUCAAUCUGCGAACAGCUCGAUCAACUGAGAAGUUUGAGGGUAGAUGGAACACGAUUCAGAGACACAUCGUUGACUGCGGUCGAACUAGAGCGUUGUAUUCGAAUUUUCGCCAAAAUCACGACUCUAAAGCUGGAAGACGACCUGCUUCCGUGGGAGGACCUGGCCAGCAUCACACAUCAGUUCUCUGCCCUCACCACAUUUUCGGCCUCCAGCAACUUCUACUCACAUCUGACACCACACGUCCUGAACCCGACUAUCACAAAUUUGAUACUGGAGGAGAAUCUUUUGCCGUCACUGUCCGCCCUCGAGCCACUUACUAGGAUGCCAAACCUACAACGUCUGGUUCUAAAAUCCAACAAGAUCAGUGACGUCGGCACACCAACACCAAUCUUCCCCACAACACUGAAAGAAGUCGAUCUCUCCUUCAACGACAUCACGACCUGGUCCUUCAUCGAGCACCUCGAGCACAUCUUCCCUGGUCUCACCAGCCUCCGCGUAUCCCACAACCCGCUCUUUGAAGCACUCCAGGCGCCUGACGGCCGCGCACUCACCGCAGACGACGGCUACAUGCUGACACUCGCGCGACUCGGAAAACUCACGAUCCUGAACCAUAGUCCCAUCAGUGACAAGGAGCGACUGAACGCCGAAUCGUACUACCUUUCUCUUAUUGUGAAAGAAGUGCAGUACGCGCCUGAGAACCGCAGAGACCUAAUUCUCGACAGCCACCCCCGGUACAAGUGGCUAUGUGAAGAGUACGGGGAGCCGGAUAUCAAGCGGAAUGAGAACGCGGUGAAUCCGAACUCGCUGGCUGCGCGGCUGAUGAAGAUCAGGCUCUAUCUGGCAGACGAUAAGACAAAGGCGCACGAGGUGGAGAUACCAAUGAGCUGCACCGCGUACACGGUUUUGGGUGUGGUGGGCAGGCGCUUCGGUCUUAUGCCCAUACAAUGCAGGCUCAUCUGGGAGACAGGUGACUGGAUGCCGGCGAAAAGGACAAUGGCGGACGUUGAGGAUGAGGACUGGGAUUCUGAGUAUAGUGAAGACGAGACAGCCACGGGUAAAGUCAUGCGAGAGGUUGAGAUUACCCCGGGGACGAGGUCGAUAGGAACCUGGAUUGACGGCAUGGAGGCUACUGUCAGGGUAGAGUUGAAGGGGCAAGGAGCAACCCCGUCUUGAUAGCGAUUGAACAGUUGAGUAUUGUAGACA